AUGGCAGGCCGACGACUGUGUGUGUUGGCGGUGGCGACGAUGGCGCUGAGGGGAGAGGGGCUGCGAAUGAUGGCUGUGGACAUGCAGAGAAACCAGCAUGAGCGAUCUGAUCAGAUGAAUGUGCUCACGAUGAAACAUGCGGGAGAGGUCAGCUCGACAAAACACUGGCUCUCGUACGAGCGGGAGGAACAAGUACAUGGAAGCUUGCCUCAGAUGUCUGGAGUUAGUCCAGCCCUUGGUCUGUAUGCACCAAUGGCCGGCAUAGCGGCUCUCAUGGUGGCAGGAAACGUGGUGAAGGGGACAAAAGAUUGGUCAAAGUUGACGAGGUCGAGGAUAAGAACAACGUACACACACUUCGCCCUUAGUACGAUCAUCUGGUCGGGCACAGCCUUCCUGUUGUGGAAGCUUGGGUUAGUUCCAAUGCAUUCAUGGGCCCCGAUGCUGAUCAGUCUCAUGGGUGUUGCCAUCGUGUACAAGAUGAGCGCGCUCGAUUAUGACAACGACAGGACAGAGAAGAUUCUGCAUUUCUACGGGUUUGGCAUCGACCUUGUGAUCAGACUGAUAUGCGCACAGCACGGCUACCUCGACGUUCUUGUGCAAGCUGCUGUUCUGACAGCUGCUGACUUCGCGGCCAUAUCUUGCGUCGUUGCGGCAUCACCGUCCACAAACUUCCUUUGGAUAGGAGGGUUUCUCGGGGGAGGUCUUGGUUUGCUCAUUGGAGCAAGUCUUAUCAACAUGAUAUGGCGAACUUCAUCAGUCAUGCAUAUUGGAUUUUCCUACUUUGGUGCGGCUCUCUUCAGCGGCUACUUGUUGCAGGUGGUGAAGGAGGCUUCGAAGCUUCCGGGAUCGGAGAUUCGCAUCACACCAUGGGGGACUCGAGCGCCGGACUUCGACCCUGUCCAUCACGCCCUACAGCUCUACUUGGACGUGGUGAACAUCUUCAUGUACAUCGUCAGGUGA